AUGGCAUUAUCGAUACUAAAACUCGUUCAUCAUUCACUAAUUGAUAUGCAUACUACUCUACAAGAUAUCACUUUCCAAGACUUUCAAGACUUUGUAAAAUCCUUUACCGAACGUCUAUACAUUCAAUGUCUCAUAGAAGGAGACAUAAUACCGAGUAUUGCGAUAAAUACCGUACAGCAACUUAUUAAAACAAUUAAUUGUAAACCUUUACACUCAAAUACAAUACAACAGCGCAGAUGCUUUCAAAUACCUUUGGGCACAAGUUAUUACUUGAUUAAAAAUAUUAACAAAUUAGAUACAAGUUCAGUGAUAUCAAAUUAUUAUCAAACCAGUGUCACCACGACUGAAUUAUUGACAUUAAUGAAUCUGAUAAGCUAUAUAAUGACCGAUAAGUUACGAGUCUUUAAGUAUGAGGAUCUACAUACUGAUAAGUUUACACAUACCACAAUCGACGUUAGAGAUAUUGAUGGAAUUCUAGGAUAUUCCAUUACUGUUUGCAUUCAGGCAAAUAAAUACACAACCGAGUACGUUGAUAAGGAGAUCGACGAAUUUUUGAGAUGGUUUAAAAACGAUUUGGAAAAGCUCACAGAAAAGGAAUUGGAUGUUUACAAAAAAAUGUUCCUAAAAUCUAGAUUACAUGAUAAUGCUAAUCUUGAAGACGAAGUUGAAAGAAAUUGGGAGAUUUAUCCGGCGAAAAAUAAAGGAGUAACACGAAAUUAUAGACGAGUAAGUUUUGAGCUCGUUGAAGACGACAGGUAG